AUGGCCGACGAGAGUGAGCAUGCGACUGCUCAACCUCGCAACGCCACCUCGAAUCCAUCACAUGCAGCAUCAGGCUCACGACAAACCGCACAGACGUCCACAAUCACUCGACAGCCCGCUUUGGACCGUCAAGAUGCAUCUCGAGGAGCAGGAGCACCUCCCAAAUCGGGAGUCGUACAGCCCACUCCCCAGGCUCUUCCGCGACGAACGGGACCUGCGGCCAUCAUCGUCUCUGUCCGACAAAAAGGGAAUCCAGUUCUGGACAAGAUCAAAUCCAUGCCCUGGGAAUAUGCAGAUAUCAAGGCUGACUACGUUCUUGGCGUGACAACAUGUGCUCUCUUUCUCAGCCUCAAAUACCAUCGCCUGCAUCCCGAGUACAUCUACACGCGGAUUAAGGACCUACAGGGGAAGUUUGCUCUUCGGAUCCUCCUCUGCCUGGUCGACAUCACGAAUCACGAGGAAACCCUGAAAGAAUUGAGCAAGACCAGCUUGAUUAACAACGUUACGGUCGUUCUCUGCUGGUCUGCUACAGAAGGAGCUCGGUAUCUCGAACUCUUCAAGACAUAUGAAAAUGCCGCUCCCACUUCCAUCAAGCAACAUCAGUCCACCACCUACAGCGAUCGAUUGGUUGAUUUUGUCACCGCGCCAAGGUCGAUCAACAAAACUGAUGCCGUGUCGUUGGUAUCGCAAUUUGGUACUAUCCGAACGGCGGUCAAUGCUCGACACGAGGAAGUCUCGACCAUCGCGGGCUGGGGUGACAAAAAGGUCCAACAGUGGUGCAACAGCGUGCAGGAACCUUUUCGUAUCAAACGUACUGCGAAGCGUGGCAUUGACCUGGAGAAUCUGGAUCUGCUGAGCCAGUCGGUUUCCGGAGGAGGCACUUUGUCGAGGGCUGUCACGAGAGAGGAAUCUGUUGCCGAAGAAGAGGAUGAGACGGAAUAUGCGGGCAUUGGGAAUGAGCUUUAUGAGCCUGCCGCUGCGAAAACUAAUGAUGCGGACCGCAGACCUGCUGCACGGGUGCCUGAGCCUAUUGGUGGGGAGGGUGACGCUGGGCCCGAGUCUAUCGCGUCGAAUCCUUCAAGAGCAGACAGGUCGGCUCUGUCUAGGGACAGUGCUGCCGUAGAAGCGCCCAGGAAGCGUAAGCCUGACACCGACCCGGUGAGCGAAGGAGUCAUGGCUGCAUUGAACAAGCUGAGGAAGACAUGA